AUGGCUUCACAAAGUAGUAAGAAAACAGCAUCCUCCAAUGCCAACACUUUGAAAGAACUCCAUUUGAUUUCAAUUGCAGUAAACUUAUUAGCAUUAUUGGUUUUGCUUGUGUUCAAAAGACCUUCUUCAAAAUGGGCUUAUUUGAUUUUUUCACUCCCAGCAUUCUUCUGUCAAUAUACUUUAGAGAAAAGUGGUAGACCAAUUUACGGAUUGGAAAAUGGUUAUUCAAAGCUUAUCAAACCGGGCCAAGAUUUGAAAGGUGAAGGUUUAUUCGAGUAUAUGUUUGAUUGUAUCUACAUUACUUGGUUAAUCGACUUGCUAAUGAUUGUAUUUGGUUCCAAUAAGGUUUGGUGGUUAUACCUGGUAAUUCCAGGUUAUGCUGCUUAUAAAGCUGCUUCCAUUGCCAAAUCCUUCUUCGGGGGUGGUGCUAAAGGUGCUGAAAACUCUAAUAAUACGAAAGAAGAACAAACUAGCAGUACUAAGUCUUCUAAUACUAAAAGUAAAAGACAAACAAAAUUAGAAGCAAGAAGAGAAAAGGGC